GGCUGGCCUGGUCGCCAACCAGUUGGGGCUUGCUGGUCACUUCAUCCUUCCUUCAAAGGUGGCUGUGCCGUUGGUGGUCUACUUCGGCGCAGAAUGUCUCUUCACAUUACACUACCUCCACAAAAAGCAGAUCGCUGGAAGGUUGCGCCCGAACCCACCAAGCAUUCAAUCCGUGCACGCUAACCGACCAAACCCGCUGAACUCGGCGAUGGAUUUCUUUGACAGGAUGAUGGCACAUGUCGACGACGUUCCUACCUUCGUUCAAGGGCACUUCCACGGCGUCGAAUUUGCGCGACUUUCUCGGCUCGACAUUGCCAAGUGGUGUGCUUUUGUGUUUUACACCAAGUCGUACGACGACACGACUGCCAUCGAAAAGAAAGAACUCGACGCGAUGGUGGCCAAGCUGUACGCCCAAGCCAACUCUCCUACCACCAAGGAUCUGUCGGAUGGCGCCACAUUUCCGUUCUUGAAGCCGAACCUAGACCCAUUUGAGGCCACCGCUCGCCCCAUGGCGUUGUAUAUGGCAACGAUUGGCGUCAACUACGUGGUGUCGACCUGGCUACGAUGGCAGGGAUUCCACUAUUACUACGUCACAUCGGCCAUUCGAUAUUGGCACCGUCCGCCACAGUCGAGCCAUGGCGAGGCCCCUCCGUUGGUGUUUGUGCAUGGGGUGGGCAUUGGACUAUCGACAUACGUGCCGCUACUUUACACGCUAUUUGAACACUCGACGGACCGCCACGUGUUCCUCAUGGACCUGCCGUACAUCUCGAUGCAGUGGAGCGACGACGAAGUGCCGGACAAGGACCAAAUCGUCAGCGCCAUCUCCGUCAUGCUUGCGCAGCAGCAGCUUUCUGGCACUUCUGUCCACUGGGUCGGUCACUCGUUUGGAACGAUCGUGAUGAGCUGGGUGUGCCAAGAACGGCCCGACCUUGUGCACUACCUCACGUUUGUGGACCCGGUCGUGUUUGGCAUGUGGAAACACGAUGGCAUUUACAACCUCAUGUACAAACCCCCUUCGACCGCCAUCGACCUCUUCUUGUGGUACUUUGCGAGCCAAGAGAUUGGAAUCGCGCGAUCCUUGCGACGUCACCUACUCUGGUACGAGUCCGCCUUGUUUCCAGCCAAUUUGCCUCGCCACCCGCACUCGAAACACGUCCUCGCGAGCGUGUUUCUUUCCGAGAAAGACUGCAUCAUCGAUGCCCCCGCGGCGUACGCCCAUCUCCAACGCGGGGUCCACCUCCCGGGUCCGUCGCACAACGGGACCCCACGCGUACCCAUUCACGCGACGAUGUGGCCUGGCUUCACCCAUGGAGAACUCAUGAUGCACCGAAGCGCCCAUGCCGACGUCAUGUCAACACUGUCCUUUCACACCAACACGACCAUCUCAACAACACACGAACGAAAGUCAGAUAGCGGAUAAACCUCGUCGUGCCUCCUGAAGCCCCUGCGGUGGUGUACAGUUUGGUGCGAUCGAGGGAGGUCUGCGCUCUGUUGGCGCGAGAUAAACGUGGGUCGGUCUCCUUGUGCUUUCCUUCGUCUACGAGCCGGGUUUGCAAUCGCGUGUGCCUUUGUCGAUCAACAUGACGUCGGCAGGUCUGUGCCAGCCACGCAAAAAAAGUCGAUGCAGGUUAAUUCAAAUAUAUACACCACGCAGGACGAUCCAUCGU